GGUGUUUUCACAUCUCACUCCGAUGCUCUUCAUCACCCCCCGAUUAUGGUCUUUUAUCGGUAACGUAAUUCAAUUUACGAGUGGGGUUAUUUUGUAUUAAAGGAGUCCAACUAAAGCCGUGACCAUGGCAACCCGCUCGGAGAGAGAGAAGGCCUUUAAACUCAACGAGCAGCACCAGAACACCCUGUCCAAAAUGCUGAGAGAGGAAGACAACAAGUACUGCGCCGACUGCGAGGCGAAAGGACCAAGAUGGGCAUCCUGGAAUCUGGGAGUAUUUAUCUGCAUCCGGUGUGCUGGCAUCCACAGGAACCUCGGGGUGCACAUAUCUCGGGUCAAAUCAGUCAACCUGGACCAAUGGACCGCAGAACAAAUGCAGAGUAUACAGGAUAUGGCCAACACCAAUGCCCGGCAGCUUUAUGAAGCAACCCUUCCAGAAAACUUCAGAAGACCUCAAACAGACCAAGCUGUGGAAUUCUUCAUUAGGGAUAAAUAUGAAAAGAAGAUAUACUACAGCAAGAAUGUAACCAAUGGCAGCAGUCCAAAAGAUGCUAAAAAAGAGAGGCAGCUAGAUCGAAGCAGCAAGAAUGAAGAGUCCAGGCCAGCGCCCAAAAUCAGCCCCGCUAAGACUACAGAACCCUCUGUGAACCUCCUGGGCCUUGACGUACCGGCAGCUGAAUCCACUAACAACGGUAGCACGAGCACAAGCCAGAACGACGAUGACCUGGAUAUAUUCGGCCCCAUGGUAUCCAACCCCCUCCCUUCAUCCUCAUCUGCAGCUCAGUUUUCUCAGGCGAGCUCCGGGAGCGCAGCCGGCACUCCGACACAAGCUCGAGCUGCAGGGGCAGCAGGAGGCGGAGCCAGCUCGGGGUCGGGGCCGGGAGACCUGGACCUGUUCAGUGACGCCAGCAGCGCCGCUAAGACUGAAGACACGACCAAGAAGCCGCUGUCCAAGGACUCCAUCCUGUCCCUCUAUGGGACCAACAGCAUGUCCCAACAGGCCCCUGCUGCCGGCAUGUUCAUGGGCCCCUCCCAGAUGCAGUUUCCUGUCCAGGCCACUGGUGGCUAUCAGGCUUUCCCCGGCAUGGGCACCGCCAUGCCGCCCACCACCGUCAUGGGUGCCAUGAUGGGGCCCAGUCCGGGCAUGAUGGUGGGGAUGACGAUGCCCAACGGCUUCAUGGGGAACGCGCCGGCCGCCGGUGUGAUGGGCAUGGCGCCGAGGAUGAUGGGACCACAGGGCGGCGCGUUGCCUCCGGGCAUGGUGCCCGCUCAGGGCAUGUACGCCAUCCAGCCCGGGCAGCAGCCUCCGUGGAACAUGGGUCAGGUGAACCAGCAGAUGUCGGGGAUGACUCUGAACGGCGCAGGUGUCCAGAUGGCCUUCGGUCAGCCUCCAUCAGCGAUGGGCGGAUGGGCCGCCGCCGGAUCCGGCCAGGCUCUGAGCACGCCGGUAUGGAAGUGAGACUUCGAGCGGCUUGAUGAGUCAAAUUAAAGGUUGCAGAAAGUGCAAAAAAUAUAUAUUGUGCUGCUUUGCACACCUCCCUAUGAACUGAUGCCCAUUUCCAUUGCGGCCCGGCCUUCAGAACAUAAAAUUGUAUCUCCUUUUUUUUUCUUCUUCUCCCUUUCUCCAUCUCUCUUUCUCUCUAUUGUGUGAGUGAAUUGGGAUUCAUACAGGAUUACAGCCUGGCAGUUUCUGCCUGUCAUGGUUUUUGAUCAUCACUUUUAUUUUCCUUUUUUUUGGAGAAAAAAAAAAUCUACAAGGAAGUAACAGUCCAAACAAACAUGAUAUUGACUUAUCAGAAAAAGCUGCAGGACCAGUUACACAAGCUUUUAUUGUAUCACUGUAUUAUUAUAAGAAUAUAGAACAUUUAAUUGAAUAGUAUUUAACAGGAGAAGAUAUGACAAGUCUGUCAGUACGGCUCCAAAAUGUACAGCACUCUAUAGCCUUCUUUUAAAGUACUUGUGGUUCCCCUAUACAAUAAAAGUGAUAAUAAAUGA